AGCCGCUAUAAACUCUACAAUUGCAACUAUCCAUGGGCCAUAUAGACGGGAAUGUUAUAUCUAUAUGGACCAGAUUUACUAUAACUAUUUUAAGUUUAUCGAGGCACGCAUGUGAUUCGUAUCGCAAGUGUGGUGUUUAUCGUCUGGCUGUAAUUUAGAUACUAGCUUAGCCAUCUACUUUUGGAUUUGUACACAUAUUCCGACCUAAGGUCACUUCCAAAGCCCCUGUAUAAAUGGUUGUUUCAUCGAGCAGCCGCCAUUCAGAGCCCCCCAAGUUGCAUCUUUCGGUCUGUGUUUAUUUUUGUUUAUUUUGUCCACAUCCCCCGCCAGCAUGCGGGCAACGGGCAUUGGUUGCCCGUUGUGUUUAUUAAUUAAUUUCACUCGUAAAAAAUCGUAAAGCAAACAAGGCACAUUUUCAAUAACCGCCGGCUAGAGAGGGGGAGAGCUUUGAGAUUACAGGCCAGACCAGGCCAGCCAGCCAGGCCGAGCGAGCAAAUAAAUAUUUAUGGAUGGCUAAACUCUGACUGCCUGUUGCUUGCUGCAGCUGGCUCUCUUCCUGCUGUUCUUUCUCUUCUAUUUCCUUGACAGUUCAAGAGGUCAUGAGGUUGUGGGUGGUCCCACCCUUUGCUUUUGUCCCCACCUUAACCAGCAAUCUACCUACCUGUCAUUGCCAGUCGCCGUCCCGCUAUCUCCCGGCGGGGUCGUAAAUGCCCAUAAAGGCCCUAAAAGCCAGCCAGUUGAGCAGAGCCAGAGGCGGAGCUAUUGCCAGUUUCUCCUUUUGGGCCUUCAUUUCAUCGACAGUCGGCAAACGGUGUAGACGUAAAGCCUUCUCCACAAACACACACUUUCUUCUCGGAAUCUCAAGAGGCCCGAUUAGGGCCACUUAUCAGCCGGCGGCGGCGAUUAGAUGUGCGAUUAAGUUUUGCCCGGGAAAACCAUCAAAGAAUAGCUCCUCACAGCAAUGGCCACUCUCGGUGCCUGGGACUACACCAUCCUGGCCGUGGUGAUGAUCAUAUCGGUGGCCAUUGGCAUCUACUAUCGUUUUGUUGGCGGCAAGCAAAGCACCACCACCGAAUACCUACUGGCGGAUCGUUCCAUGGGCGUGGCCCCGGUGGCCUUUAGCCUAAUGGCCAGCUUCAUGUCGGCCAUAACCAUACUGGGUGUAUCCAUGGAGAACUAUCAAUACGGCACCAUGUUUGUCCUGAUCAAUCUGUCGUAUGUGGUGUCUACACCAGUGGCCGCCUACCUCAUCAUACCAGUCUUCUAUCGCUUAAAGGCGGCCAGUGUUUACGAGUAUCUGGAGUUGCGCUUUGGCUAUGCUACCCGACUGGCCGCCUCGCUGAGCUUCUCGCUGCAAAUGAUCCUGUAUAUGGGCAUUGUGGUGUAUGCCCCGGCUCUGGCCCUGGAAGCUGUCACUGGACUCAAUCAGGUCUUCUCCAUUGUGAUCGUUGGAGUUGUUUGCACCUUUUACGCCACACUUGGCGGCAUGAAGGCCGUGCUCAUCACCGACAUUUACCAGUCGCUGCUCAUGUUCGCCGCCGUCUUCAGCGUGAUCAUUUGUGCCUGGGUAAAGGCCGGCAGCUUGGAGGAGAUUUGGCGUGUGGCCCAGGAGAACGGACGCAUCGAUGUGUCCAACUUUAGUGUGGAUCCCACAGAGCGGCACACUUGGUUCACACAGAUACUCGGUGGCAGUGCCACCUAUUUGGCCAUUUAUGGCGUUAACCAGACGCAGGUGCAGCGCCUGAUGUCGGUGAGGAGUCUGAGUGCCGCCCGAGCGGCCCUGUGGUGGUGCCUGCCCAUCCUGUGCCUGCUGAGCAUUAGCACCUGCUUCUCCGGGCUGUGCAUCUAUUGGUAUUACCGCGACUGUGAUCCAGUGCUGGAGGGACGCGUCAAUUCGAGGGACCAGGUAAUGCCGCUCUUCGUCGUUGACACCAUGGGCGAGUAUACGGGACUCGCGGGACUAUUUGUUUCGGGCAUCUUCUGCGCCAGUUUGUCCACAAUCAGCUCAAUUAUCAGCUCAUUGGCGGCCGUCACACUGGAGGAUUACCUCAAGCCUUUGGUGCGUCACUUUGGCAAGCGUACGCUUACGGAUCGCGAGACCCUGUGGCACUCGAAGCUGCUGUCGCUAUUCUUCGGUGCCCUCUGCAUUGGCAUGGCCUUCAUGGCGGGCUCAAUUGGGGGAUUGCUCCAAGCGGCCCUAUCCAUUUUUGGCAUCAUCGGUGGCCCCCUCCUGGGACUCUUUACGCUGGGCAUGUAUGUGACCAAGGCCAACGAAAAGGGAGCCAUUGGAGGACUGCUCAUCUCGCUGGGAUUCUGCUUGUGGAUUGGUUUUGGUCAGCCGAAACCGGUGCCACAAAGCCUGGACAUGUCAACUGCGGGCUGCCCGCUGGACAGGAGCUAUGCCCAAGAUGUAUUUUUCAAGACUGCUGCCAAGGCGGAGGCGGAGGAAGAACACUACUUUUACCUGUACAGGAUCAGCUACAUGUGGUAUGCUGCCUUGGGCUUUGUGAUUGCCUUCUUUGGCGGCUGGCUUCUGUCCUGGCUGUUUGCCCUGCUCAACUGGGACAGUAAUAGGCACAUCUAUCAGGAUGCUGACUGCACGCUGAUCAAGCAUGAUCUCUUUGUGCCGCCUAUAGCCAAACGCCUGCAGCGACGCCAGAUGCCGCGGCUAGUGAUCACGGCCACCAGUUCGGAGAUUGGAGGCAUUUCGGUGGAUGUCCAGCAGCCGCAACUGGACGAGAUUGAGUGGGAAAAGCACAAGGAUGUGGCGUAGCAGGCCGGGAAUUUUUGUAACUAACAGGGAAUUCCGUCUUUAAAUAAUUUCAAUGAGUUACUAGUGUUUAUUAAACGCCUUUAUGUAAUCAUUACCAUCACUUUCUAGCCAUGAUCCUGUCUGAAAGAAAUCCCAUUACACUUUCAAACAAUCCUUAAAUUAUUUUUUGGCACAUUUUUAUUAAGUGAACUUUGGCUUUAACAUUCCGCCGCAAUAAAUGAGCUUACUCAUCAUCAUGAUCGCCAUCAAAUGAAUCGAAUAAAAAAAUACUUGGACAUUAA